CUGCCCAAGUGAAAAAACAUUGUGAAAAUGAACGCAAUAGAUGACGACCAUGCAUUAACUGUAAGAAAUAUAAGUCUCGACUCUGAAUCUCAGUUUUCUAUAUUUUAUCUCCAGUACAACUUGUACUCGUUUGAUAAGUGGACAAAUGGCACAAGUCUUGAAAAUUCAACGCAGUUUACUGUAACAAACACUGAUCACUUGGUAAAAUUUCUCCUUCAAGGAGUUGGGUUAUCUCUCAUCACUGGAUUGGGAACCAUUGGGAAUGUUUGCAGCAUCAUAGUGUUGCUGAAUCGUAGAAUGAGAAGCUCCAUUAGUUGCUUCCUCGUAGGACUUGCAAUAUGCGACAUAAUGAUUCUUGCCGUCUCGUUUAUCACUCUGGGGCUCCCUACGCUCCUCUCAUUCGAACCACGUUACCCUGGAUUGACCUCAGUUUACUUAAUCAUAGGCUACACCGUACCGUUUACAUACGGUUUGAGCACUACAGGAUUAACCGGAUCCGUCUAUUUUACUGUUGCAAUUACUGUCGAGCGUUAUCUAGUCGUGUGUCACCCAUUAAUUUCUCGAAGAAUUUGCACAUGGAAAAGAGCAUGUCAAGCGUCUGCAGCUAUUUUUGUGAUAUCGAUUCUGUAUAACCUGCCUCGGUGGUUUCAUUUCGUGUGUGAUACAAUGUAUGACGACAAUGGAAAUAGUAUUGGGUGCUUACUCAAAGCUACCAAUUGGAGGAAAAACCAAACGUACCAUUAUUACUACGUCUUUUUAGCUUAUGGAAUUGUCCACUACUACAUCCCAGCUUGUGUACUUAUCGUGUGCAAUCUUCUAAUUUAUCUAAAGAUCAGAGAGGCGAACAAAAACAGAAGAUCGUUAUCGAUUUCGGAUGCCGAUAAUUCCUUGACGUACAUGCUCUUCAUCGUUGUAGCUGUGUUCAUCGCUUGCAAUUUAAUGGUCGGAGUUGGUGUGAUCUAUAAGCUGGUCACUUGGGACAAACCCUUGACACCAUCGCCCAUUGGUGGGGCGGUGGGAAUAUUUCUUCUGGUUCUCAACUCCUCACUCAACUUCAUUAUUUACUGUAUUUAUGGAGAGAGGUUCAGAGAAGUGUUUGUCGAUUUGACGGCCCAGCUUUGGAGGAGACUGACAAGGUCGAGACAACGAUCUGACUCGGACUUUAGCUUUGGGUCGAAAAGCUCGGUAGCGAAAACUUCGAAAAAUGUAAAUAUUACAUCGAUACAAACUAUUUGUCAUAACGUCUAAAAUGACCACUACUUUGAGGAACACGUACGUAUUCAGAAUGAUCUCAAACUUUAUUUCUAAAUACUCAACGAACGAGCAAAAUGUGAACUCUGAGAUGGUCAACGUGAAUAAAGAAUUUAUGCAGAAAUUGUCAACACA